UUUACAGAAAGCCACUCGAGUUUCGCUGUGGACGAAGAAGGUUCAUAGCUCAAAAUGGGAAUAAAAGUGUUUCUUAUUUUCAACCUUCUCUUGAGUUUUUCAAGUUCAAAAGCUGAUAUUCCAGACUGUAACUAUUACGAUACUGUGGACCUGUCACAUAUUGAAAAGCAGAAUGGUUCCUAUGUAUAUGAAGGCAGCGUAAUUCCUGCUAACCUAACAGGUGAGUAUGACUUCAAGAUGAUACCAUAUGGAGGAAGGCAACCACAGACGAAACAUCUGAGAGGAUGUCUUUGCCAAGAGAAGCCGUGCGUCCGGUUUUGCUGUCCUCGCAAAAAUAUGUUACCCAAUGGCGGAUGUAGUGAUGGUUUUAAGGAGGAACUUUCCCUAUCAAAUCCUUACCUAAAUGUAAGUCGGGGGGAUGGUUCUAUAGAGACUCAAUACAUCAACAACCAGACCAUAAUGAGGACCCAGUACUAUGAGUGCGACAAGGUGCUCGCCAUGAAGGCUGGCGAGUACUCGUUAUUCGAGGUUUGCCUUUGAAUCGCUAAUAGUGUUCCCUAAUAAUACUUCAGAUUUACAGAAUGGAACUAUAUACAUUAACUCAUCCAGUUUGUAUUUCAGUAAAGAGAAAUAUUGCUUUUAUCCCCAUUCUGACAUUCAAGAAAGUUUAUGGCUUGUUGUGCACCACUGCUCUGUAAAAUGGACAACAACGAUUCUAACUUUCUCGAUGAUUUCGCUUAUAUUAACCAUCCUUACCAGUGCCAUAUAUCUUUACGUAGAGCAGCUUCGGAACAUCCUUGGAAAAUGUCUUAUUAGUAGCUUUAU